AUGUUUAGAUAUUGCAGGAUAAGGCAACUGAGUGAAAUCGCGAACACGGUCAACAUCACUUACACAGAUAUAGUCAAUUGUCGUGUGCGAAUCACCAAUGUGAUGGGUUGGCAAAAAGCAAAGAGGCUGAAGGCCACACACCGUCAAGGAGCUCCGCAAAGUGCGGCAGCUCGAAGAAUCAUCAGUCCAAUUAAUAUUGAAGUCCCCAAGCAGCACCAAAUCCGAGAAAUAAACUUGGAACACCUUUAUGAAUCCAACAUGAUCUCUAACGUAAAAGAAGUAACAGAUCUAAAUAGUAAAGAAAAUGAAUUUUCCUUUUUGGAUGAGCUUGUACGAGGUGUACUACUAGCUGGGAUGGAUCAAGUAUUAAAGCAUAGAAACUUUGAAUUUAGGAAAGGCCGUUUAACCAAAUCUGGCUCAUCGUUGGUUACUGAAGAUGAUGCUAAGGCUCAAUUAACUACAGAAUGUGUAAAUCACAAAAGAAAAUUCUGGCCUAGCCCAUAUCUUACAUAUUUUCAGAAGACACACAAUGAAGAACGAAGAACGACAUUAAUACGUGAAAGUAGUAUGAUUUCACCAGUAACAGUGCUGCUAUUUAGCCAAGGAAAAGUUAUUGGGAGAAAGUAUUGUGUGGAACAAAAUGAUGAUAAAAUAUUACUACAAAUUAGUGGCAAGCAAAAUGUGCAGAUGGUAUGUGAUCCAAAAACUGCAGGAGCAAUCUUACGUUUUCGAGAUGUUAUGUGGUCAAUCGUCCAAUUUUAUGUUGAAAAUGAUGUACAAGAAGGCAUAUUAAAAGACAGAGACAACUUUAGUCAAGUAGUAUUUCAUACUUACAAACAAAAAAUGCUCAAAACUCUUGGAAAUUUGUUAAAUUCAGCAUCUGCAAAAAUUGAUUCAGUAGAUAAAACAAUACUCUUAAAAAACGUGGGUAAAAUAAAAGAUUAA